CCAACCUCGAGGUUUUCAAGUUUGCCGUGUACCUGUUCGUUCCCAUCGCCUCUUUGGUUUAUUUCGGGGACCCUGCGUGGUACAAUGCAUAUGUAGUCCCAUAUCGAAACAAAAUGUUACCUCCCAUCGAAAAAACCGUUCGGGACAUUCCCUUCGAGCAGCAUCGCGUCCGUGAAGAACUGGAACGGAUCAAGCAGGAACGUUCCGAACGGGCUCGUGCGCGCGAAGCUGCAGCUACGGACGAGAAACCAAAACUGGUUUGAGCAUUGGGAAGUCAAUUCUCUUGCGGGCCUGACUAGUGAUACCUACGGGAAGUCCGCUUUCGUCGUUGGUUUUGCCCAUGUGUCUAUGCUAGUGCUAAUAAUAGCUACCCCACACCCCGUACACGAUUCUAGAACUUUAUUUUCAAUUCCUCUCCGUCGCAGAAGGCGUUCAACGGGCCGCUAUAUGUCUGCAAGUGCUGUGCAUACCCUGCAAGGUCUUCGAGCGAGACCUUGAAGCCACCGCACACGACAAACAAGGCUGUUCGCCGCUUUCCAUCUUGAGGAACGAUACGAUCCAAGAGUUCUGGAUUGUACGCCGCGACAAGCGUUGUGCUGCAUGCCAGUUCUACCAUCGUCUUGUGGUCAUCUGUGGGACUGUUACUCCACUAAUAUCGUCUGACACGAAAGCACGACACACCUACGAAUGCACAGGCCGCCUGCAUGCUUAGUUCAUCCGGAACCGUGACACAAAACACAGGACCGCUUCUCUCCAGCGCCAUUUUUACUACCCCAGCCGCGGGCUGUGAGGCUCCGAGAGAGCCUGAUGCCUUGGAAUGGAAUGAACUGAAAUGAGCCAGGUCCACGUUGUGAAUCUCAUCGUGCACGACAGUCACUCCAGGGGGCAAAGCAGCCUUGUCCCCUCGUCUGUUCAAAGCCAUCGUAUGGUAGAAGCAGUCCGUGCCAAUAGCCUCCAGAGCCACGAUUGGUACAGAAUCCCAACCAACUUGAGCGCAACC